AUGAAGUCACUCGAUUGGGAUGAGAAAGGCAUACGUAUUGAGGGAAAAUUCCUAUCAAACCUUCGGUUUGCCGACGACAUUGUCAUCUUCUCAAGAAGUACUAGCGAAGCAGAAGUGAUGAACAACGAGCUCAACGAAGCGGGGAAAAAGACCGGACUUCGCAUCAAUCGAAAGAAGACCCAGUUCAUGAUAAAUCCAUGGUGCGAAGGCGAAAAAAUUGAAUUGGAUGGCUCUCUCAUUGCAGAGGCCACCUCGUACGUUUACCUUCGGCGAUCAAUGAACAUGGAAAACAACAUAAACGAGGAACCAGAUAGAAGAAGUAGAGCAGCUUGGGCCUCUCAAAGAAGCCACCGACCAACCGAAGGACCCGAAAAUCCGCGCUCAUCUUUUUGA